CAGAUCUCCUCACUUCAGACAACCUCUUUGCGCUCUCAUCACUCGGCUACAAUAUGAGCAGACUGCAGAUUCCCUCUUUUGGCAGGAGGAAAAAUACUCCCCCAGUCAUUCCUGCUGCUGGGGCGACCUCCUCUCCAGCGUCGGCUUCUUCUUCAGCCACCAUAUCUGACACUGUCCCGAGCGCAGUGGCUACUAACCCUGCUGCCAGCGCCCCUGCGGCCAACCAGAACGCGCCCUCCCCAGCUACCAUAGCUCCUGCUGCUGCGGGGGGCGGUCGGGACAAAGAGCGAGGCAAAAGGCCUCAUCCUGACAGUGAAAUCGACCCUGAGGAGGAGCCUCUUAUUAGAAGGACCCGAGUCUCUGGGCCGGGUACUCUCUUGCACCGAGCGAUCAGAGCUCCUUCUCACUCUGGGCCUCCUGCAGCUGGUGGCUCUGCUUCUGCUUCAGGCCCCCCUUCUAUCCCCAGCUUGCCGCCAUGGGCCCCUCGGUACACUCGAACGGAUGGGACGUUCGUGAAACCGAACGAGACCAUGCUGAAGGAUGGCCAGACCGCUAUGGCCUACUACAGGAGCAUGUGGACUCCGAAGGACAUUGAGGCGGCAAAGGGCCUUUCCCAGAAGGACGUGUUCAGUCGCUUUCCCCAAUCUGCUAUGGAGACAUUGUUUGGGAUGAUGGCCAUGCAGAAGCAGGUGGAAAUGGGGAACGCCAGGGCCCGAAAGUAUUCUGACAGCCUGGAGGUGGCUAAUAAAGAGAACGACCUCCUUGCCAUGAAGAAUACCGAGGUGCUGGUUCGGCUUGACAAAGCCGAGCAAGAGAGAGAUGUCCUGAAAAAGGAGAAUGAUUCCCUUCAGGAUGAGAAGGACGCCCUCCAGCUCGAGAAGAGCGUCUGGCAGACUGAGCAGGAAUCACUCAGAGAAGAGAAGGCAGAACUCCAACGUCUUCUAGCUGAUGAACAGUCUGCUCGGAUGGCUUUUGAAAAAAGAGCUCUGGACGAGCGUACCGCUCUGAUCGACGUUAUCAGCAGAGUGGGUGGUGGGAUGCUGGCCCUUCAUGCUCGGUUCUCCAGGGUCGGUGCUCUUCGGUAUGCUCAAGGAUUCCGGGAAGGCUUCGCCGACCGGGUUCCGGAUGAGGGACAGACCAGCUCCACUCCGGAUGAGGUAGACAAGGAUCUGGGGAUCGAGCCUCUGGGGGUCUAUGUCGACCCAGAACCCACCGAAGCGGAGCGUAUAUUUGAUGAGUGCCAGGACAUCGCAUCCUCAAGGAUCAUCACAGCUCCUCCUACCGCUCUGCCACUGACCGCUCCCCAAUCGUCAACCGUGGCUCCCUCUGUAGCCACUGCUGACGCUGAACCCCAGCCGAACGACUCAGUUAUUCACCUGGAUUCCCCACCUCAUGAAGGUGAGGCGGCUGAUGGGGCCGAGGAGGCGAGUCGGCAGGACCAGGAUGCUGUUGGUACUGAGGCGUCUAGCUAGGGCUCCUUCGAAUUCUUCCAGUUCAUAUCUUCUUGUAAUGAUGGACACCUCUCUUUUGUAAACUAAAUGUUCAAUAUUAAUGAAAUGGCCGAACUCUUUUUCUCUAUGUGUUGUGCUCUGUUCAACUUAUCUUCAGUACAUAUAUAUCUUUUCUCUCUUUUUCUUUUUA